AUGACAGAUCCAAUCCUCUCCUUGGUGCUCUUUGCAUCACUUGCUCUGGCGUCUAUACUUGUUCAGGAUCCAAGUGAUAUCGUUCCCCCUCAAGAGUGGGCGGACGACAACGCAUAUAUUUUCGACUGGCAUACAACCGGAGAAGCUUACCAAACCAUCCCAGUCACUGGUCCCUAUACCUACAGUCACCAGAAAGGAUCUAUCAGUCAUCAGUCACUAGAAGCCACAGCAAAUGACACAAGUGUUGUUGUCAUAACGAAUCGGUCUGACAUCACUAUUACUCAUAGCGCUAUCACGAAGUUCGGCUAUUCUUCCGCUCUCAAUCAAGCCAGCUUCUAUGGCGUCAACGCAGCUGUCCAUAAUGCAAACAAUUCCACACUACGACUCUCUACUGUCAACGUUACUACACAUAAUGGCGCAGCAAAUGUCUAUACAUAUGGCACAGGGAGCGUAACCUACGCCAAAAAUACCUGGCUCUACAGUUCUGGCCCUGUUUCUCAUGGGUUUUACGCAGCUGGCAAUGGCACCGUUUAUGCCAAAGACGUCCAAGUUUAUUCCGGGGGCACUAGGUGCUCAGCUUUCAGCGGAGACUAUCCAGCCGGGUACAUCCACGUUGAAAACGCAAUCGUCCGCACAGAAGGAGUCGGCUCCGCCAUAUGCUUCCUACAGGGACUGUGCAACAUGACAAACGUUGUCGGCUAUGCUGCCAAAUCGCCCGCCAUGAUCAGCGACGGCGCACUAUCCGAUGUCACGGGCAUCUUGAAAAACUCUGAUCUGACAGCUGGACUGUUAGGUGGUAUUGUCAUGAUAUCUGAUUCGACUAUCAGAAAUGGCACGAGUGUUAUUCUCGACAAUACUCGCUUGACUGUCCUGGGCGAUGGCAAUCCGGGGUUGUGGUUUGGAAAUAUCAUAGCCACAGUUGACCUCAUCGCGACGUGCAUUAAUACUACAUCAGGAAUUUUCGCGGUUUCGAACUACUCGUAUCUGACUCAGGAUUUUGAUUAUUAUGCCGGCUUUGAAGAAAAUAACAACUUAUCCCCUGCACAGGCAACUAUCAAUGUUAGGGAAUCAACUAUUUCGGGUGAGCUUGUUGCAUACAACAAGUCAUCAAUUAUCUUGAACCUGGCGCGUUAUUCCCACUGGACUGGCAUGGCGAAGGUGGGAUAUGGAGACGCUUAUUUGUCCGUGUCUCUGGACGAUACAUCGACAUGGAGCUUGACUGGGAAUUCAGUCCUUCAAAGCUUUACCAGCUCCAAUGGUACGCUCAGCAAUAUCUUUAGCAAUGGAUUCGAUAUUGUGUAUGACUCGGGUUCAUUAGGCAAUGAUGUUUGGAGGGGAAAAACAUACGAACUUCAGGGUGGAGGGAAGCUCCGAUCAUCAUGA